ACCGUACCGUGGCUCUAAAGGGUAAAAACUCAAGAAACACUCGGGCCACGGUGAUUUGUUUUGUUGGAGAGAGCAGCUCAGCGAAGGAAGCACUGCUGCAUAUCUUCAAACCUCAUUCCAACCUGACUGAUCAUCAGCAGAGCAGAAAGCCCAUGUUGCUGCCAGAAGUGCUCACCAUGAGCUACACCGUAACUGAGCCAGUGUCGGACUGCGUGGCUGUACUGCUAGUACUUGUCCUGUUGAUGCUCCUCACCGCCUGGGAGCGAAGACACUGGUCACAAAUACCAGGUCCGUCCUUCUUAGCAGGACUAGGUCCAAUCGUCUCCUACGCCAGGUUUAUCUGGACUGGCAUAGGAACAGCAAGCAGCUACUACAACAACAAAUACGGCAACAUUGUGAGAGUGUGGAUCGGCGGUGAGGAGACUCUCAUCAUCAGCAGGUCCUCCGCAAUAUAUCAUGUUCUGAGGAGCGCCAACUAUAUCGCCCGAUUUGGGAACAAAAAGGGACUGGAGUGUAUUGGAAUGGAAGGGAGGGGGAUUAUUUUUAACAGCAACGUGGAACUCUGGAAAAAAGUCAGGACUUAUUUCUCCAAAGCCCUGACGGGACCCGGUCUUAAAAGGACAGUGUCUAUUUGCAUGAGAUCCACAUCGGAACAUCUGGAUCACCUCCAAGACUUGACAGACCCGUCAGGACAUGUGGACACUCUCAAUUUGCUGAGAGCCAUAGUGGUGGAUAUCUCCAACAAACUAUUCCUCAGGGUGCCCCUCAAUGAAAAUGAUUUGCUGAUGAAAAUCCAAAACUAUUUCGAGACGUGGCAAGCAGUUCUGAUCAAGCCGGAUAUAUUCUUCAAAAUUGGCUGGCUCUACGACAAACAUAAAAUUGCAGCCCAGGAACUACAAAAUGCGAUGGAGACGCUCCUUGAAAAGAAAAGAAACACUAUCAAACAAACAGAGAAGCUGGAUGACGACCUCGACUUUGCUACGGAGCUCAUCUUUGCUCAGAACCAAGGGGAGCUCUCUGCUGACAACGUGAGGCAAUGCGUGCUGGAGAUGGUGAUCGCAGCUCCGGACACUCUCUCCAUCAGCCUCUUCUUCAUGCUGAUGCUGCUGAAACAGAACCCGGACACGGAGCAGAGCCUUGUGGAGGAGAUUAACUCUUUCAUGAGUGAAAGUGGAGCAGAAAAUGUGGAUUACACACGCCUGAAAGUGCUGGAGGUCUUCAUCAACGAGUCCCUGAGGUUUCAUCCUGUGGUAGAUUUUACCAUGCGAAAAGCUCUGGAUGAUGACAUCAUUGAAGGCAUCAGCAUUAAAAAGGGAACCAACAUCAUUCUCAACAUUGGGCUCAUGCAUAAGACGGAAUUUUUCCCAACUCCCAAAGAGUUCAACCUACACAAUUUUGACAAAACGGUUCCUAAACGUUUCUUUCAGCCGUUCGGGUGCGGCCCUCGCUCCUGCGUAGGCAAGCACAUCGCCAUGGUGAUGAUGAAGGCCAUCCUGGUCUCGCUCCUUUCUCGGUUCAGCGUGUGUCCUCGCCACGGCUGCACCAUCAGCAGCAUCCGGCAGACCAACAACCUGUCUCAGCAGCCGGUGGAGGACGAACACAGCCUGGCCAUGCGCUUCGUUCCCAGGACACAACAUGCAUCAGCGCUCAACACUCGCACCAUCGGCUCAAGCUACCAGCAGCUUUAAAAUCACUGCAUGUUGAUUGCUGAAUACUCUUUUUGAAGACCACAUGUCAAUACCACUGCAAAUAACUGUUUCCAUACUUGCAUCACUGCGAGUCAUACACGUUGCAUAAAAAAAUUAAUAAAACUUAAGUAAUUAGUGUUAACACUUUAGUUGAAUGAUGCAGAAACAUUUGUUACUGGAUACACUCUAAUACGCUUCUGCUUUGGAGAUUUGUAUCUGUCAGUAAUAUGCAACAAUAAUUAUUUGAUACUUGUUUGUAUUGACAAAUGUUUUAGACUGCAGUAUUUUAGGAUAUGUAGUACAUACUGUAUGUCUAGCUUGUGUGCUAUUGUGUGGUUAGCUGUUGUGUUGCUCCUAGCUUCUAGUUUCAUGUUUACCUUUUGUGUGCUUAGCUGUUGUGUUGCUCCUAGCUUCUAGUUUCAUGUUUACCUUUUGUAAAUUAACAAAUGGUACAUUUAGACGUUGAAACUAAACUGGCUGUCCACAAGUAAACCCGCUGCAGGACUGCUUGCAUAGGAGAUUUUAGAUGAAAGCUGUUAUCAACCGAUAAUUGUUUUUUUUUUUGCUGAUAUCAGAUUGAUAUCAAUAUCAGAUCGGAAACACCUCUUAGAGAUGGGUGAAUCAUGAAAGAGUAGUUCAAAACCUGCAAGUAUUUCUGUACUGAGACGACUUGUUUACUUACUUACCACUGCAAGCUAAAUUCAAAUGAGGGAAAGCAGGGAUUGUGUCAAAAGCGUGAUUAAAUGUUGCACAGGUCAAGAGGGGCAGAACUUGUGGCGAGUUUUUGGCAUGCACUUUGUGACUCGAGUACCUGAUUCACCUCAGUAACUCAUAACUCGAGUCAGUAAAACGAAACACGUUUCCCAUCACUAAUAGUCACACUUUUUUUUUUUUAUAUCUACUUAAAGUUGGCCCUAUUUGUAAAUACACUUAUUUUACAGUGGUGGUUGAAUCAAUUUAAGUGUAACUGAUUGUGGAUAAACAGACAGCCUCCCAUGUUGAAGAGUUUGGAUUCUUGUAUCAGAAUAAAAAUGAACAGCUCAUGGUCGAAAGCAUACCACAUCAUGCAUCUAUCAUGGUGGAGGCAUUGUUAAUGUAUGGGCAAGUACUGUAUGGCUGCUAAUGGCUAAUUGUGAUGUUCUUGUAUCACAAAGUAAACAUAUUUCCAAUUGUUCUGCAUGUAAAAGAGUUCAUGUGAGCAUUGACUUUA